AUGGACGACCACGACCCGCCUGGGGGAUACCAUAACCCCUAUCGCCCCUCCUCGGAACUCCCCGAGUACCACGACAUGGACAUGGACUCCUCGGAUGCGAUGGACACCGCCCCCACUACGACCUCUUCAACCUCCUCUCCUCCAAUCUUUGCGUCAUCUUCAUCUAGUACCUCGGCCUCUUCUUUUUCAUCUUCUUCUUCGGCCCCUCGACCUUCCACGUCGAGCAGCAGCACGUUCGAUCAAACCACGUCCACCAUGUCGACAAUACCCACACCCACCACUUCCACCCGCUCCUCUUCUUCAUCAUCUUCGCGUUCAUCUUCAUCUUCAUCAUCUUCAACCACCGCCACCGCCACCGCCACUGGCGCACCACCCCCGAACAACGCCACAGAAGCCGCGCUGACUCGACACUCGGCCCUGCUCGCUCAACUCCGCCGACGGAGGCACCAGCACCUCAACAACUACAACAGCGCCAAUGGCGGACGUGACAACACCCUCGGCGCGUCGGAGACGUGGCCGCCUCAGGGCCUCUUCCCGUCGGGCGGCCGCGGUGGGAUGGUAGGCGACGGCGAGGCUGCGCCGGUGGACCGGGACGAGGUGGAGGCCUGGCUGCGGCGCCAGCUGCUCGAGGUGGUGCGCCAGAAGUCGGCGCGCUGGGGCAUCGACUUCGCGUCGGACCCGAUCGAGCGCAUCGCCUCGGUGGUGCUGUCCGAGGAGGGCCUCAUGCCGUCGGAUCUCGAGCUGGAGCCGCCACCGCCGCCUCACCUCCUCUUCAACAGCCACCUGAGCGUCGGCCACCGCAGUUGGCGGCGCUCAAUCUUUUUCUACAUCUUCAUCUACGACGACUCCAUCUUCGACUUCGAGUUCCGCAUCUACAACGACGUCGAGUUCCAGUUCGACAACGACACCGUCGUCUUCCUCGGGAUAUGA